AUGGAAGGCCGCCGCCGAUCGACGAAGGUUUCCGCCGCCGCCGAGGACCCUCUGAUUGAGCCCCAAUCGCCGCCGCUCAAGGCGUCGGACGCCCUCCCCCUCCCGCUCCCCCUCACCAACGCCGUCUUCAUCGGCCUCUUCUUCUCCGUCGUGUACUACCUCCUCCUCCGGUGGCGCGAGAAGAUCCGCAACUCCACCCCUCUCCACGUCGUCACUCUCUCCGAGAUCGCCGCCAUCGUCACCUUCGUCGCCUCCUUCAUCUACCUCCUCGGCUUCUUCGGCAUCGGGUUCGUCCAGUCCCUCGUCAUCCCCCGCGCCUCCCACGAGGAGGAGGACCUCCUGGACGACGACGACGAAAUCGCCGUCGAUUGCGAGGGUUUGAUGCUCAAGGAGGACGCCCGCGCCUCCCCCUGCGCAGCAGCCCCUAAAUCCGACGACCUAGUUAAGACCAUCGACAAUCAGGUGGUCUCAUCGGACGACGAGGAAGUCGUGAAGUCGGUGGUGGAAGGGAAGACCCCUUCGUAUGCCCUUGAGUCAAAGCUCGGCAACUGCCACCGAGCUGCAGCCAUCCGCCGUGAGGCCCUGCAGCGCACAACCGGCAAAUCCCUGUCCGGCCUGCCGCUCGAGGGUUUCGAUUAUGAUGCCAUAUUGGGCCAGUGCUGUGAAAUGCCGGUGGGCUACGUGCAGAUUCCGGUAGGCAUAGCCGGGCCUCUGCUGCUGGACGGCAGGGAAUACUCAGUCCCCAUGGCCACCACAGAGGGCUGCUUGGUCGCCAGUACCAAUCGGGGCUGCAAGGCUAUAUAUGCCUCCGGCGGGGCCACAAGCUCCAUCCUGAGGGAUGGGAUGACGAGGGCUCCGGUGGUCCGGUUUGGCUCUGCCAAAAGAGCUGCCGAACUCAAGUUCUUCCUCGAGGAUCCUCUCAACUUUGAAACCCUAUCCCUUGUGUUCAACAGCUCCAGCCGUUUUGGGAGGCUCCAGAGCAUUAAGUGUGCUGUGGCCGGCAAGAAUCUCUAUAUCAGAUUCUCGUGCAGCACAGGGGAUGCCAUGGGGAUGAACAUGGUCUCCAAGGGAGUUCAGAAUGUGAUCGACUUCCUCAACAACGAAUUCCCCGACAUGGAUGUUAUCGGCAUCUCUGCAGGGAACUACUGUUCUGACAAGAAACCGGCGGCUGUGAACUGGAUUGAAGGUCGGGGAAAAUCGGUUGUUUGUGAAGCAAUCAUAAAAGAAGAGGUUGUGAAGAAGGUGCUUAAAACCGAUGUAGCUUCCUUGGUGGAGCUCAACAUGCUCAAGAAUCUAACGGGCUCGGCCAUGGCCGGAGCCCUGGGCGGCUUCAACGCCCACGCCAGCAACAUUGUGUCGGCAGUUUACAUAGCCACCGGUCAAGACCCGGCUCAGAAUGUCGAGAGCUCCCACUGUAUUACCAUGAUGGAAGCUGUUAAUGGCGGCAAUGAUCUUCAUAUAUCUGUCACCAUGCCUUCAAUCGAAGUUGGUACGGUUGGAGGUGGGACCCAGCUGUCUUCGCAGUCGGCAUGUCUGAACUUGCUCGGGGUGAAGGGGGCUAGCAAGGAGGUUCCAGGGGCGAAUGCUAGGCGGCUGGCCACCAUUGUUGCUGGUUCGGUUCUGGCUGGUGAGCUUUCCCUUAUGUCGGCUCUCGCUGCCGGGCAGCUUGUUCGGAGCCAUAUGAAGUACAAUAGGUCUAAUAAGAAUUUAUCUAGUGCUUAA